CGCGUUUCAGCUCCGCAGCGCGUUCCAGCUGAUGGUGAUAUGAAUGGGCAACUGUCUGGUGAUGGAAGGAUGCUGUCUUUGGACACGUUUUUGGAAGUAGCAAACGGGGCAGCGACACGGCCAGAGCGCACCGUACCGUCUUGAAAAAGCGCUCAACUUCUGGACUCCAUUGCGUUUUUUUUUAAAUUUUUUUUAUAAGCCCUAAAAUACAGCGUUGGUUUUCUUCCCCUUCUACAAAGAAUCAUUUGAACUUCCCACCGCGAGAGAGAGAGAGAGAGAGAGAGAGAGAGAGAGAGAGGGAGAGGGAGAGAGAGAGACGUAAAUAGUUCUGACAUGUGGAUGUAAUUUCAGAAGAGGAGGAAAAAAUACACAUCCAAAGAAAUAAAAAAGACUGAAAAGCUCACACGUAUAUAUAGAAAGAAGAUUAUUGGACAUUUAAGGGCGCGUGCGAGGGGGCAGAGAGAGUGUAACCAGCAAAGCGACGAGAUUAUUGAGUUCUUAUUUCACGAGCGGCACUGAGCCUGAGCCACGAGCGAAAUGGACUAGAGAUCUGGAGAGCUUGGAAGUCCGCGUUUUGAAGUAGAUUCAACUGACCCGGAGCCGAGCGAAGGAAGAAGACUGAAAUCUUUGCUGCUGCUGCUGUCAGUGGUGGUCAACAUGGGGUCCCCUCCGCUCUUUUUCCAUCUACAUCUGGUCCUCAUCUCGCUUCUGAGCGCGGCGGUGUGUCUGGUUCAUGCAGACGAUGUGCUCACCAAGGAAGAACAGAUUGGCCUCCUCUACCAAGCCAAACGCAAAUGUGAAGGAAACAUCAAAUCCAGAAGCUCCAACAAAGAUGGCUAUUGUUCACCGGAAUGGGACGGAAUUGUGUGCUGGCCAGAGGGUUCCCCGGGACGGCUGGUCUCUAUCCGGUGUCCUGAGUACAUCUACGACUUCAACCAUAAAGGACACGCGUACCGGCGGUGUGACAACAAUGGGACGUGGGAGCUGACCUCGACCAACAACAAAACCUGGGCCAAUUACAGCGAAUGUGCCAAGUUCCUGUAUAACCAGAGUCACAACAAGGAGGUGUUCCACCGGCUUUACCUCAUCUACACCGUGGGCUACUCCAUCUCUCUGGGGUCACUGAUGGUGGCCGUGCUCAUCCUGGGAUACUUCCGGCGUCUGCAUUGUACGAGGAACUACAUCCACAUGCACCUGUUUGUAUCCUACAUGCUGCGCGCUGUUAGCAUCUUUGUCAAAGACAUUGUGCUGUACUCGGGCUCUGCCAUUGAAGACAUGCACCGCGUCACUGUGGAAGACCUCAAGUCCAUCACAGAGGCGCCCCCUGCUGACAAGACACAGUUUAUUGGCUGUAAGGUUGCUGUGACCCUGUUCCUUUACUUCUUGGCCACUAAUUACUACUGGAUCCUGGUGGAGGGCCUGUACCUGCACAGCCUCAUUUUCAUGACCUUCUUCUCCGAUCGGAAGUACCUGUGGGGAUUCACUCUGAUUGGAUGGGGAGUACCAGCCAUGUUUGUGACAGUCUGGGCGACGGUGAGAGCCACAUAUGCAGAUACAGAGUGCUGGGAUUUAAGCGCAGGCAAUUUGAAAUGGAUAUACCAAGUGCCCAUUCUGACGGCCGUGGUGGUUAAUUUUGUGCUCUUCCUCAACAUUAUCCGGGUGUUAGCGACCAAGCUACGUGAGACCAAUGCUGGGAGGUGCGAUACAAGACAGCAGUACAGGAAGCUGUUAAAAUCCACCUUGGUCCUGAUGCCUCUGUUCGGAGUCCAUUACAUCGUCUUUAAUGCCAUGCCCUACACAGAGAUCUCAGGGAUCCCCUGGCAGAUUCAGAUGCACUACGAAAUGCUCUUUAACUCCUUCCAGGGAUUCAUGGUGGCUAUUAUCUACUGUUUUUGUAACGGAGAGGUCCAGGCUGAGAUCAAAAAGUCAUGGAGUCGGAGAACGUUGGCGUUGGAUUUCAAACGUAAAGCCCGCAGUGGCAGCAACACGUACAGCUACGGCCCCAUGGUCUCCCACACCAGCGUCACCAACGUCACUGGGAGGGGUCCUUUAGCGUUGCACCUCACCACCAAACUGGGGCCCCUGCCUGUCAACGGACACCGGAACCUGCCUGGGUACGUCAAAAAUGGUUCGGUAUCAGAGAACUCUUUACCUUCAUCAGGACACGAGCUGCAUAUUCCCGAAGAGGAACAGCAACAGCAACCACAAUCUCGACUAAAUGAACCAGAAAAACCGACGAUUCUUGUAGAAGAAGAGCGGGAGACAGUCAUGUGA